AUGAAGAUCAAAACCAUUUCCAGAUCGGCAGACAACUAUGUCCCAAUCCGUAACACCCAGGAAUCCUCUUUACCAAGAAACUUGAACCCUGCAUUGCACCCGUUCGAGCGUGCGAGGGAGUACACCAGAGCGCUUACCGCGACCAAGAUGGAGAGAAUGUUUGCGCAGCCGUUCGUGGGCGAUUUGGGAAAAGGCCACCGCGACGGUGUGUAUUGUAUUGCCAAGAAUUUGUCCACCUUGAACGCUGUGGCCACUGGUUCCGGUGACGGUGUCAUCAAGUACUGGGACAUGGCUAUCCGCGACGAGUCUGCCUCCUUCAAGGCCCAUUACGGGACGGUUGCUGGGUUAGUUGUUACUCCACAGUCCCAGAUGUUGUCGUGUGGUGCCGAUAAGACCAUCAAGUUGUGGUCCGUGAACUCUGCCGACUACCGCGGGGUGGAUGACCAGGAGAUCAGCAACAAGCGCGGCACCAAUGGGUUGCUCAAGACCUACUUGGGCGAGCACUCGUUCCAGUCGAUCGACCACCAUCGCAAGGAGUCAAUGUUUGUCACCGGUGGGGCAGAGAUCCAGUUGUGGGACGCCAGCCGCAGCAAGCCGGUCACCAACCUCUCGUGGGGCUCCGAUAACAUCACUGCUGUGAAGUUUAACAUGACCGAGACAAACAUUAUUGCGUCUGCUGGUUCCGACAGAUCCGUGGUGUUGUACGACAUCCGAACCAACACGCCUACACAGAAGAUGGUGGCUACGAUGAGAACCAACGCCAUCGCCUGGAACCCGAUGGAGGCCUUCAACUUUGCAACCGCAUCCGAAGAUCACAACGGGUACUUGUGGGACAUGAGAAACUUGUCGCGCUCGUUGAACGUGUACAAGGACCACGUCGCGGCUGUGAUGGACAUUGACUUCAGCCCGACCGGUGAAGAGUUGGUCACCGGUUCCUACGAUAAGACCAUCCGUAUCUUCAAGACUCGCGACGGACACUCCAGGGACAUCUACCAUACCAAGAGAAUGCAGCGUGUGUUCUGUACAAAGUUCUCCAUGGACGCCAAGUAUAUUCUCACCGGGUCUGACGACGGGAAUGUGCGUUUGUGGAGAUCCAACGCGUCUGCCAGAUCGCUGGUCAAGUCUACCAGAGAGCGCAACAAGCUCGAGUAUGACGAGGCGUUGAAGGACAGAUACAAGCACAUGCCGGAGAUUAAGAGAAUCGCCAGACACAGACACGUUCCGAUCGCCGUCAAGAGUGCGGGAGAGAUCAAGCGUGUGGAGAUGGAGGCGUUGAAGAAGAGGGUCGACAACCAGAGAAGACACAGCAAGCCGGGUGCCGUCAAGUACAAGAGCGAGAGGAGCAAACACAUUAUUGGAACCGCCCAUGGCCACCGCGACGACAAAUAG